UUAAAAACUUCAGCUUCUGUGUAUUUUUCUCUCCCUCUAAACAAUGUAUUAAUUAUCAUUGCUUUUCGCUUCAAAUAAUUUGUAUGUGGUCGACAAUACAUGCAAUGCUGAGCUUAUUGCCUUAUUUAUUAGCUUGCUACUGAUCCCAAUAUUCCUUCUAUUCUUCCAUUGUAGCUCAGCUGAUCGCCUGUGUCGACGUCUGAAAUUCCGAGCUUCAACAACAAAAAAAAACCUUCCUUUUUUCUUCGGCUCCCGUGCCGUGCUUGUUCUUUUCAUCCGUAAGAAUUAAUAAUGGAAGUUAUGCAGAAACUGGUUUCUUUCACUAUUCAUGCAAUUAUCAUUAUUCUUGUUCUGCCAUCUGUCAGUUCUUCUCUAGAACAAGCAAAUACCACAGCCAAUAGUACUACAAUCAACAAUGGCUACAUUAAUCAGUUGAGUCCUAAACUGAUGUUUGAGAUUACAGUCCAUGGGUUCCUCCUCUGGGCAUCAACGGGACUCCUGAUGCCGGUUGGGAUACUCAUUAUCAGAAUGUCCAACAGAAUCGAAUGUGGAAGAAGACUCAGAAUUAUUUUCUAUGCUCAUGCAGUUUCACAGACACUCGCCGUACUACUAGCCACAGCAGGGGCAGUUCUCUCCUUCAGAAAUUUCAACAACUCCUUCAGCAAUCAUCAUCAGAAGAUAGGAGUAGUUUUAUACGGUAUCGUAUGGUUGCAAGCGCUGAUUGGGUUCUUACGCCCGCAAAGGGGAUCUAAAAGAAGAAGUGUAUGGUUUUUCGCACACUGGUUGCUGGGAACUGUUGUGUCUCUGCUGGGAAUACUCAAUAUGUAUACUGGACUGCAAGCCUUCCACGAAAAGACAUCUAGAAGCAUACGGCUUUGGACUAUAAUGUUCACAACUCAGAUCUCAUUAUUUGCUUUCUUCUACCUUUUUCAAGACAAAUGGGCAUACAUGCAAAAGCAAGGACUAGGAGUGACUUUGGGUAAUGAACCAUUUAGGCCCACCGAUAAAGAGCUUUCAACAAGAGGCAAGAAGAAAGAAUCGACUACAGAGACUUGCUGAAAAAAGUAUAUCUAUUAAUGACUUAUUUCAACUAACAUUGGAUUCUCUUCAACCUUGUUAUACUUUUUACGUUCUACAAUUUCAUCCCAGAGAAGAAUCACAGUUUGGAUCAACUGAAGAAUGGAACACUGGGAGUAAAAUUUCAUAAAAAUAAUGCUAUAUUUCGUAAGUUUUAUCUCAAAUUUUCUAUCUCAAGUGUUGUGUCCUCCCUAUGUCAAUUUGACGUGUAAAGGAUAAAAUGACGCUAUCACUUGGAAAAAAAAUUGGGAUAAAACUGGUGAAGCUUCGCAUUUUUGUUUAUAUAUGUGAUGAAUUAUAAAUGUUUUGUUGGUUUCUUUCUCCUAUUCUUUUGAUUGUUUUUUGUAGAGCAGCCAAUUGUCUGAAAGUCGUUGUAAAUCGGAUUGUUAGAAACACUAUAUAUCAUAAUACUUUUGUAGCAAUGCAUACAAUAGUUUCAAUUUUAUGGUAUAAAA